AACACACCACUAGGAAAGAGAAAAGUUGUAAUUGUUUUUAAGCGAGUAAACUGAGAGAGGAGAAUCAUAUAAUAGGAGAUCAAAGCAGGCGAAUCGCCCAUAUGCGUGAAAAACUAGAAGGCAGCAACGGGAGCGAGUCCAAAUGUCAAGAAACCCGAUCGAAUCAAAGGGCUGUCAGAAAAGUGAAUAAAUUCGGAGCGAGUCGUUUCGACAGGAAUAAUGUCUGCGUCGGUGGUAUGCGUUGACCUGAGCUCGGACUCGGAGGAAGAGUCACCAUCCGGACCAAAGCGUCGACGUCUGGAGGAGCCACUCCGAGCUACGACCCCAUACAUCAGACAAAGUUUGCCCGCCAAACUUGUCAACAUACCAAAAGCCUCGCUCGGAGUCGGUGCAGUGACUGUUAAGCCAAUUAUCAGCGAACCGACGGAUCCUCUGCAAUCUAUGCACAUCCCUAGUGGCAUUACAGUAACCAAGCAUCAGAAGAACAACUCGACAAUUAAUGGAAAUACACCCAUUACUUUAACCGAGAACAAUAACAACAACAACAACAACACGCACAGCAUUAACAACAAUGUGAAGGCUAAGCAGCACAUGAGAUUGAGUGCUCCCCAGAAAGUGGCAUGGUCGAUGACCAACAAGACGCCCAGUCCGAAUACUGUGAUAACCCCUGUGCCCAGUCACCAAGUGAAGGUUACACCCAAUCCGCAAUACCGUAUAGCAGCCAUUGGAAAAGCCACCAAUCCACAGCCCACAGGAGUGGUGCCAAAGGGAAUGCCAGUGAAGAUUCACCCGCCGGUUGGGAUAGGUCAGCAGCAACCAAAUCAACAUCAGCAGAAGCCAAUUGUGCUUAGUUCAGGGAAAGCUAAAGCUCCAGUGGGUCAAAUGCUGCAGCAGCUACAGCAGCAACAAAAGGUGCUCGCCGUUCAGCUACAACAACAACAGCAGCAGCAGAAGACACAACAGAAAGGACUCGUGGCGCAGGUGCAGCAAAGGGCUUCUCUGGGUCAACAGCAGCCACAGAAACCAUUGGGAGUGGAACAACAGCAAAAGCCCCUGCAGCAACCACAACAACUGCAUAAGCCCCUGCAGCAACCACAACAACUGCAUAAGCCCCUGCAGCAACCACAACAACAGAAAGUUCAAAAGCAACUCAAGCCUCUGCAACAGCCACAACAACAAAAAACGGCGGUCGGAGCACAACUUCACCAGCAGCCACCAAAGACAAUUAUGAAUAUACAACAACAGAAAACCAUCCAGGUGCAUGUCCAGCAACAACAGCCAGCACCGAAGAUCUCCCAGGUGCAAAUCCACCAGCCAGUGACGAAGACCAUUACGGCGCAAGGGCGACAACUACAGCAACAAGUACCGAAAGCUUCUCAAUUAGCACCUAAGCCAUCAGUGGUACAACCGAACAUCGUAUCUGUCGACCAACUGCAAAUGCAGCAGCAAUAUAGAGCAUACUUGGGACAAUUGCAACAGCAGAGAGCGCCAAUUGCUCAAGUUCAACAACUGCAGCAGCAGUUGCCACAAAGCACGAUUGCGGGAAAAUUGCAAGGACCACUGCAAGUUCCGUUAGGGCAGCAGCAGAAGAAGCCACCUGGGAGCCUACAACAAAAACCGUCGCCGGCUGCUAGCCAUCAACAGAGGACACAGAUGGCCCAGCAACUGCAGAAAGCGGUGAUGGACACACAGAAUGUAGUCCAGCUGCAAUCGCCUCUACUUCAAAAACCAUCAUUGCCCGCUUUUAACCAAAUCACUCACAAAUCCAUGACGAUACAAAAACUUCCCAUGGUGCAGCCAAGGGUGUCGCCCAAGGUGACAUCGAAGGCAAAUAAACAGAUAAUUCAGGAGCAGAUGCCCCAGCAGACGCCCGCGCCCGCUCACAUGGUGCAAAAGGUGACACCACCGCCACCUGUAUUACUUCCAACUUCUGCCUUUCCCCACAAAAUCAAUCCACCGAUUGUGCGACCCACGACGAUGGCCAAGAUCACACCGGUACCGACCAACAGCAGAGGAGAUAACUUCCGAAUAAGGCCGCAAGCUACGGGAAUUAAUACCGACGCAACAACAGGAAUGAGCGCCGCUCGCACUUUGCCCUUUAGAAGCACGAAUCCCAAGAUGGUAGCGCCCCCGCUGGCAUCUUUAAAUCUGCAGGGAUUCACAACUAGCGCAACGCCCCCGCUGCGGCUGCUGGCAACGCCUCCGCAACCUCCUGAAGCUCCCUUAAACGAGCCGCUGCUGCUGAACUUGCCACCCACGACUAGCAUUACGCCCCAACUUACGCCCACGACAACGCCACCUCCGAACGCAAUUCCGGCUGCAGUGCAGCAACAGCAGCUGGCCAAGGCGGCGGCCUUCGAGUUGAACUCCCUACCUGGGGCCAGCAUUUCAGCGGUGACGAGGCCUUCCGUCACCAAGCGCAUUCAGCCCAUAACCGUUCUCAAGAAGUCCGACGAGGAGUGGCGAAGGCAUAUUUUUGAGCAGCAACAGCAGCAGCAAAAGGAGAGAGAACAGUUGCAGUCCACAACAUCGGCCACAAUUGUCUUGGUGGAGUCACCGCCAACGACGCCACCCACAGAGAAAUUGGACACAGAGAGAAAGACUGGAAGUACCGAGGAAAAGCCGGAGGAAAAAAAGGAAGAAACAGGAGACAAAAUACUGAAUAAAGUGACACCGCCUGUAACCGGAACGCUUAUUAUUCACCCGGAAAUUGUUGAUUUGGACGCUUUACCAGAAACCCCGGCAGAUAGACGGCAGCCAGAUGAAAAAACAGUUCCGAAGGAGAAGCCUAAGAAAGCUUCGCCACCGGCUAGAGCCCCCUUCACGCCAGAGUACUCGGCUUUACUGAAGCUCUGUCUUGACGUGGAGAAGACGCCGGAAAUGAAGCGCUUAGCUGAGGGCAAACUGACAAGUUAUUAUUACAAUGUGCACGAAUCCUUCGUGAAUUCGGGUGCUUUCCGCGAUGUGGUCGAAUCGGCCAUUAUGGGUAUCAAGAGUAAGCCGGCCAUGGUGUUCUUACAUAUUAAGAGUGUGGUGGAUGAGCUUAAAGCCCGACAGAUAUCGAGGGUUAGAGAGAAGCCACAAUCUUCAACAAGGGAUUCCCCUAAACCGAUAUCGUCUACACCCACGCAACGGAAUACGCAGGAUGAGCAGCGGGAAAAGACUCCAGUGAGGGCGGAAGAUCAGGAAGCAGAAGCAGAAGAGGAGGAACCUGAGCCCGAUUCCCCCACCCUUGACAAGCGACAAGGUGAACGCAUUCGAAAGCUAAAUCAUACCCUGGCCACAAUAAAGAAGCGGAUCGAAUUGCUGGAGGAGGCGGAUGUAGACUUGAACGACGAGGACUCCAGCUAUCUGCAGGUGGAGCGUUACAAGAAGCGCGCUUGCCAAAUAUACGAGAAAAUCUGUGAUCUAACCGGAGAGAGCAAAAGCGCCAGCCGUCGGCUGAAGCAGGCCAUAACAUUUAAGGAUUCUCCAUAUCCUGACUUUAAUCGCACACUCUCGGCCUUUGUGAACCGGAUGAGGGAGUUCCCUGACUACAAUGAUGUGGUCCAGUUGCUGGAGCACUGUAACAAGGAGAAGGAUCUUGGACUAGCCAACUUUGAGAUGAAGAGGAUAGCUGAAGACGCCUUCACCAAGGUGGGGCAGCUGCUGCAGGCCCGACGAAAGACUGAUCUUUACGAAACCGUUACGCACUUCACUGCGAAUGUCAAGGAUCCGGCUGUCAGUGAUCCGCAGCUGCUGGCAAAGCUGGAAGAGAACAACAAGAAGAAAAAGAAAAUAAGUGAUGUCUUGGAAAAAUUCGUUCGUGAGCAGGAACUCAAUACGGAGGAGCGUCAGGCGCGCCUUAAGCUGAAGCACCAAAAAGCAGCCGAGGAGGCUGCCAAGCUGGCCGCUUUGGCAGAGGACGACGACAAGCCCUGCACCAGUGCUCAAGCAGCAGCAAAAGCGGCCGCCGUCGCUGCCCUUAUGAACGGAUUAUCGACAGCACAUAAGAAGGAAGUUGGGGCGACCAGCGCCUCCGGUUCGAAAGACAAUGAUGACAACGGAGAGGACUCUGAGGAUGAGUCGGAAUCUGAAGACGAGGAGGACGUGGACGAGUUUGUGGACAACUUCAAGGUCAACGGCGAGGUAAGCGAUGUCGAUUCCGAAGGUGAGGCGGAGAUAGUAGCAGAGACCUCCAAUGAGGAAGUGAUAGAUAUAACGAGAGCCGAGACUGCCGCCGGAAAGGAUGAUGAGGAGCCGCCUAACGGCAAGCUGAAGAUAAUUUCUGUCUCUAGUCUGAACGCCAACUUCGUCCAUGCGCAUAAUCCAAACUCUAAUCCGAGUAAAAAGCCUAUCGUUGAAGAGGAGAUUAUUAUUUUGGAUGAGGAUUAGCCAUAGCCUACACCUUCUCCUCCUUCGCCUGGCUAACCACACAGUACUUUAGUUUAUUUAUUAAUUAAUGUAAAAAAUAUGCGUUAUUUACUGUUUAUACUUUAAAAUUGUUUGUAAGAAAACGAAAUACAACUUGGUUUUGUAGGACGGAUAGACUUACCUGAUAAAGAAUCCUACGCGAAAAAGUAAUCUUUGAUCAACUAUGUCUAUAUAGAUUGCCUUAGAGACCGCAGGUCUGGUGAAUAUAUCUGCUAACAAAGAGUUAUUUCAUUGAAUACAAUUCUAAUUUGAGUUUACUGUGAACAAAUUUCGGUCAAAGAUUACUUUAUUCCGGCGAGAUUCGAUUCUUCAGUUAUUGUUUUAUCCAAACCAAGCUAAUUUAUUGCAGUGCCCGCACCCGUACCAGUAAGCCACAAUAUGCUAGUGUACAUAUGGAAUACAUACUACUAGACUAAGAGAUUGUUUUACAAAGUAAAAUAACGAUGAAA